AUGGGUUCGAGCAGCAAUCCGAAACGUCAGGCUAAUAAAGCUCUUGUCCCAGCGAUCGUGUCUCCUUCUUCACGAGUGCUGGGCCCCCACGGUCUCCGCGGCUCCAACGACAACGGCCUGCUCCUCCUACGCACCUGCGCAGAACACCGCCUCAUCCGGAUGAACACGUUCUUCUCUCUGCCGGAGCGAGAGAAGGCAACCUGGAGGCAUCCUCGGUCGCGUCAGUGGCACCUGCUGGACUAUGUCCUCGUCCGGAGGCGAGAUCAGCGAGACGUGCUAGUGAGGAAGGCGAUCGCGGUUGCUGACGGGUGUACCGACCAUCGCCUCGUCAUCUCGAAGAUGCGUAUUCGCCUACAGCCUCGCAGGAGACCACGAGGUAAGCGAUCCCCAGGUAAGUUGGAUGUUGCCUUGUUGUCUUUGCUUGCUCACCGUCGUCAUUUCAGCAAUGCGCUAGCUCAACGGCUAGACACCUUAAACCGCUGCAGCUGUCACUGCCGACGCCGCCGCUGCCGAGAACGCCUCCGUGAAUAACCGAUGGUGCCAACUGCAAGACACAGUCCAGGCGACAGCACUAGCCGUCCUCUUUCGCGCACGCCGUCAACACCAGGAUUGGUUCGACGACAAUGAAGCCGCCGUCUGCAAUCUGCUCGCUGAGAAGAACCGCCUACACAAAGCCUACGAAGUCAACCUCACUGAUGACAACAUAUCUGCCUUCUACCGCGGACGACACCAAAUCCAGCAACGACUGCGCGAGAUGCAGGAUGCCUGGACUGCUCGAAAAUCUGAGGAGAUCCAAGGCUACGCGGACCGCAACGAGUGGAAGAACGUCUUCUCCGCAAUCCAAGCUGUCUACGAAGGGCAGCCGACAAAGGGCACUGCUACUCUCCUCAACGCCGACGGCACUAUUAUCCUGACUGAGAAGGCACACAUUCUACAGCGAUGGGCCGAGCAUUUCCGAGGCGUCAUCAACCUCCCCUCCGCCAUCUUCGACGCCGCCAUCGCCUUCCUGCCGCAAGUGGAGACCAAAGUGGACCCCGACCUCCCGCCAUCUCGCCAUAAAACCAUUAGGGCCGUGCAGCAGCUCUCCAGCGGGAAAGCACCCGGAUCGGACGCAAUCCCGAAUGAAGUCUACAAGCACCGAUGUCCCCAACUUAUAGAUCACCUGACUGCGUUCUUCCAGGAGAUGUGGCACGAAGGUCUGCGACAAUCACCGCGGCAUCUCCUUACUGAAUAUCGCGGGGAGAUCUUCGCUUGCAUCCUCCUCAGUCGUCUGAAUAAUCAUCUGGAACAGGGCCUUCUGCCCGAAAGCCAGUGCGGCUUCCGUCGUCAUCGCGGGACCACAAAUAUGAUCUUCGUCGACCGUCAACUCGAGGAGAAGUGUCAGGAGAUGCGGACCCGCAUGUACUCUACAUUUGUGGACCUGACGAAAGCAUUCGACACGGUGAAUCGUGAAGGAUUGUGGAAGAUCAUGCAGAAAUUCGGCUGUCUGGAGCGAUUCAUUGAGAUGGUGUGUCAGCUGCACGACGGCAUGAUGGCGCGAUUCACGGAUAACGGAACUGUCUCAGAGGCAUUCGCAGUGACCAACGGAGUGAAGCAGGGAUGCGUGUUGGCGCCACCCUCUUCAGCUUUAUGUUCUCUGCCAUGCUGAUGGACGCCUAUCGCGACAAAGGCCCCGGUAUCUGCAUCGCCUACAGGACGGACGUUCGCCCUCUGAAUCAACGACGGAUGCACUUCCAAUCAUGCGUAUCCACAAGCACCGUUCACGAGCUUCUCUUCGCCGACGACUGAGCCCUGAACACCACCUCGGAAUGGGAGAUGCCAUGGAGCAUGGACCUGUAAUCCGCCGCCUGCGACAACUUCGGUCUGGCCAUCAACACGCAGAAGACGGUGCUCAUGCAUCAACCGCCACCAAACAAAGUAACGCGCCGCAAAUCAGUGUGAACGGAACCCAACUGCAAGUGAUGGAGAACUUCCCGUACCUGCGUAUUACCCUCUCCCGCAACACCAAGAUCGAUGACGAAGUCGCCAACAGGAUCUCGAAAACCAGUCAAGCCUUCGGCCGCCCCUAA